AUGACCGCUGAAACCGACAUGGUCUUCCGCUUUGUCAAUUCUACCGAUGCCGACGCCGACACACGGACAUUUCGAGUGUAUCAAGUGAUAGGAACAGCAGCACCCGAGGAAUUGGAAUUAUACAAGUUUUCACAUUCGAUGACCGGUUCUUCUGGCGGAACCACAACUUAUCAGCGAAAAAAUAUGAACAGUUUGACCUUUGAGACUGUUGGACAAAUCAGUUGGAGCUCGAACACUAUUGCUUCCGUGGUGUAUUUUGGUUUAGAGGAGAUUUCUGUUAAAGAUCUCCGCAAGGUCAAAAAUGCGACUAGCCAUUCACGCAGAUUUAAAUCCGGUGUCGGUGCGGGGUAUAAGUGGAAGAUAUCAGAGAAUAGGACCGACUUAUAUUGUAUCGAUUCACAAGACAAAUACAUUGCAUCGUGGUCGAAUCACGAGAAGAUACUAAGAGUGACUCCACGCGCUAGCGCAAUGUUAGAUCGGCUGGUGGUUACUUGUUUCCUGAAUGUGUGGUUCAAGCGACUCGGGCGGUGGUAA